AUGGCUAGGAACAGAAUAAACAGUAAGAAGAAUAUACAGGGUAAGCGCUUGAUAGACAGAGUGGUUCCCAUGGACAAGAUCAAAAAAGCCGAUACUUUCAAAAGAGCACCUGUAAAGAAUGCAAAAGAAGGCUUUAGCGUCGUCAAUGGGAAGUUAGUAAGUAGCAAUGACAUUGGUGUGCUUUUGAGAGAAGCUCAAGGUGCUGUCGAUAAACGGAAUAAUGUUUUGCAAGGAAAUAAGAAAAAUAGAGUAAGGACUAAUAAAAAUAGUAACAGUGGACAUUCAGUCAAUGUUAGCGACAGCAAUGACUUGAGUAAUGCUCGUGGAAGAGCUGGUCGGGAGCCCUUCAGCAAUAAGAGGGGCCAAAAGAUAAAGAAUACGAAUAAUUCCGACUACUCACGGGUUUUCAGUACUUCCAAUGGCAGGAAGCAGCGACAGCAAUUUGGAGGAGAAAUGCAAGGUGGUAGUCAGCUUGUUAUUUCUACCAAUUCAGAUGCCUCAAAUAAGUUGCUGAUGUUAUUUAAUUUGACAUUAGGUGUAAACAACGAAAACUUAAAAAAUGUUCUGGAAGACAUUUCACAAGUGCAAAUAGCUCAAAUUAGAGUGAGGGAUUUGCCUUCAGGAUCCGCCACCGCGAAAGUCCAACUAGCAUACCCUACGACCCAAUCCUUAGAAAAAGUAAGGAAAUUGUUUCAUGGGGCUCUUGUGGAUGGAAGGCGUAUUCAGGUGGUGAUCGCAUCCGACGAAUCUUCAAACUUAUCGUAUUAG